GAAAAAACUCACCUUCCUCAUGAGCUAAUCAAAUAUAUCUUCCAUGCUUGAUUGUUGGGCUCAAAUAGACUAAAAGAUGUCAAUCUUUAGCCUAUAUAAAGCCCUCAAUUCAUCAAACAAGAUCAUCAAUCCAUCCUUGAAGCUUAAAUUUCAAUUUUUAUAUUUUAUUUUUGCAUUCUCUUGAAGUGUUGGAGAAGAAGCCAUUUCUCUCCUCUACAAUUGGUUCUAGGUAUGGAACAGCUUAUGGUUACUGUUCUAUUUGAUGGAAGGUGGAAUACAGAAAAGAGAUUUUUAGCACACUCUACUCAUGGACUUUUGCUUGAAGUUGAUGGAUCAUAUAGUAAUUUGUUGUUUGCACUACGAGAGAUGUUGAACCUUGGUAAUGAUGUGGAUAUUAAAGCCAUAUCUUACCAGAUUGACAAAGCUUUCCACCCGACAACAAUAGAUAGUGACCAAAGUCUUAAGUUUUAUGUGAAGCUCAAAGAAACAAAAAAAGAUGAUGUCACAUCAUAUCCAUUGUGUGUGCAAAUAAGGAAGGAAGACAACAGAGUUGGAGAGAAGUUUGAUGGACUUAAUGAGUCAAGAAGUGCGAUAAGUAACAGUGAGUUAGAUUUAAAUGGUCCAGCUGAAGAAGUCUUUGUUCCACUGCAAUUGGAAUAUGAAAACUCAAGUGGAGGAAAUGAGAUAUUGUAUGAAAAAGUGACACACACAAACAGGCCUCUUAUUUCAUGGAUGAUUGAUGGUGAGAACGGUUCUGUAGUUGGCAUGGACACAACAUUGAGAAUGAAUGGGCUGUAUCCGACAAAAGAACUGUUAAAGGAAACACUUCAAUUAUAUGCAAUACAAAAUAAAUUUCAGUUCAGAACAAAGACCUCACAUCCUGGAGUGCUGCAUGUUGUAUGCAUUGGAAAGAAAUGCAAAUGGGCAGUUCGUGGGGUACGAAUAGAAGGAACAGAUUCCUUUGAAGUGCGAAGGUUUAAUUCAGUACACACGUGCCCUAUUGAUUGUAGAAUGAGUGGUAAUAGACAAGCCACAGCCAACAUAAUUGGGAAGUUGAUUAAACACCAAUACAUGGAUGCUUCAAGAAAGCCAUAUGCUCCUAAAUCAAUAAUGUCCGAUUUGGGUAGGCAGUUGGGGCUGAAUCUGACCUAUAAGAAAGCAUGGAGUGGAAAAGAGAAAGCAUUAAGAUUACUAACAGGUACUGCCAGUGAGUCCUAUCAGAAGCUACCUUUGUUGUGUUAUAUGAUAAGAAAAACAAAUCCAGACUCAUUGAUUUCAUUGGAUACGGAUGAGAAUGGGAACUUUGUCAGAAUGUUCAUGUCAUUGGGUGCAUGUAGAAAGGGUUGGGCUGCGUGUAGACCAGUGAUAAGUGUGGAUGGAGCUCAAUUAAAAGCUAAAUUUCGGGGGACACUACUUUCAGCAUGUGCUCUUGAUGCGAAUAGGCAAAUAUUCCCCCUGGCUUUUGGUUUCUGUGAUAGAGAAAAUAAGCGUACAUGGGCUUGGUUUUUCUCAAAAUUGAAAGAGGCAAUAGGGGAGAGGCCCGAUAUGUGCAUGGUAUCAGAUCGUAAUGAAGGACUAAUAAGAGCUGCCAGUGAUAUCUUCCCCGGUGUUGACCACGGACAUUGUGUGCAACAUAUUUUGGGAAAUAUUAUAUCAAAGUGCGGUGGGAAAAAAAAUAGAGUGACUUGUUUUUUCAAUGCAGCUGCGCGUGCUCCCACAAUUCAUAUAUGGGACUACUACAUGAGGUUGCUUGAUGCUGAAGAUCCUAAGAUACGACAAUAUUUGGGUGAAAUUGGUGAGACAAAAUGGGCACGGAGCCAUAUAAGGAGGAGGCGAUACUCAGUAGUGACUUCCAAUAAUGCAGAAACAUUGAACUCUGUUGACGGAACUGCGAGGGAGUACCCAAUUUCAAUGCUAGUAGAGUUUCUGAGAACAAAAUUACAGACAUGGUUCCAUGACAGGAGGAAAGAGGCACACGAGCACAAGUCAAGAUUGUCACCAGCAGCAGAGGAGGUUUUGUCUAAUCUUCUUAGUGACUCGUCAGGAAUGAUUGUCAGGCCAAGCACGGCUUACACGUUUGAAGUGAUUGACAGAUCGUGCAGAGGGUAUGUGGUAAACUUGGAGACAAGGACUUGCUCAUGUAGAGAGUUUGAAUUGGAAGACUUUGUAUGUGUUCAUGCUGUAGCGACAAUAGGUUCGCGAGGUGGUCUAUCAUGUUAUGACUUCGUCUCGAAGUACUACUGCACUAGUGCGUGGCUGGAAGCAUAUAGUGAAGCCGUGAAUCCUCUUGGGUCAUUCUCAGUUUACGAUGUGCCACUAGAUACCCGCAAUCAAGUUGUUAAACCACCGGUGUCAGACAAACGAACAGCGGGAAGGCCCAAAACGAAAAGAAUUCCUUCUAUUGGCGAGUAUCCCAAAAGACAGAAAUGUGGAAGGUGCAAAGAACAUGGCCACAACCAAAAAACAUGCAACAAUCCGAUACCUCGCAAUUGAUUUCUGCUCUUGUUUAGAUUUCUGGACUUGUUUAGAUUUGUUAACUUGUUUAGAAGAAUGUGGUCAGACCUAAAUAAAUGAUUUCAGGUCUUGUUUAGAUUUCUAGUCUAUUUGGGCUUCUUUUUAUUGUUUAACAAUAAUAAGUUUGAGGUAUAAAAUGUUGGGCUGUUAUAGUUUUGUUUCUGUAAUGUAGUCACUGGAAUAUGUGGAAGUGAUUUACAAUUGAGAUCCAUUAAUAAAGUGCAGAGGUAUUGACUUGUAUAGUUGUAUGUCAUGUCUAGCAGAUUGACUUGUGUAUAAAAAGUUCG